AUGGUGAAAAAGGGGAUUAUUCCGUUUCUUCGAACCUCCACGGCCCGUCCACAGCAACCACUUUUGACUGCUGCGCGACACAGUUGCCAAAGACCCCGCGCUCUCCAUUCUUCUACAUUGAAAGCGGCCGUUGCACACCCAAUCACUGCACAUGGACCUCCGCCUAAGGCCCCUUCGCCAUUUCAAGGAUUUGGGGACCGUGCAACUCACCAAGCAGAGGGCAAGGAAAAGCUAUCAGAAGCCGAGCCAGAACCUCGCCCGACCAAGAAACCUGCAACACUGAAGAAGCGCUUUUGGAAAGAUGUCGAUUUUCAGAGAAAGCAGGGGGGCGAGUAUCAGGUUUUACUAGAUAAACGGCCAGUCCGAACUCCGUCAAAAAGUGUCCUAUCGAUACCGCCUACAAAACCAUAUCUGGCACAUGCAAUUGCUUUGGAAUGGGAUGUAAUGAACACUGCGCAACAAGCCUUGAAAAAUCACAUGAUCCCGUUAACCUCUCUUACGGCGCGCGCAGCCGAUAUUGCACACGAGGACGCUGCGGGGGAAACACUUGCGCGAGACCAAAUAGUCAAAACCGCGAUGCGCUACCUUGACACGGAUACAUUACUUUGCUGGGUGCCCGAAGAAAGCGAAUAUGCCGUUGAGGCUGGCGAGAAUGAUCAAAGGCGAGAAACACUUCGGGAGACUCAAAUGAGAGUUGCAAAGGAUAUAAUCGCAGUUCUAAGCACCAAAGUAUGGCCUGGCAUUGAGAUAGUACCGGUUUUGGACGCAGAGAGUAUCCUCCCGGCGUCCCAGGCUCAAGCGACGAAGGAUAUUAUCAAGCAAUGGGUUCAGGGUUUGGAGGCCCAUGAUCUGGCUGCCCUUGAAAGGGGUAUACUUGCCUCCAAGAGCCUGUUAGUUGCUGUUAGACUGGUAAGCGAGUGGAGCGAAAACUUCCGCCAUCUGCAAAGGGCGGGGCAGAAGAAAUUUGGAAUUGAUGAGGCAGCCGAGGCGUCCAGCCUCGAAGUUACAUGGCAAACGGACAUGUGGGGAGAAGUUGAGGACACUCACGACGUUGAUAAGGAAGAUCUGAGGCGCCAACUUGGAAGUGUCAUCCUUUUGGUGAGUGGGGAGACACCCGAGAAACAAUAG